AUGGCAGCCAUGCCCGCGCCGCCGGACAGCUCGCCCGUCGCCGCCAGCCGCCAGCCGCGCCGCCGGCCAGAGCAGCACCAGUCGGCCAGCACGCAGCCAGCCAGCAUGCAGCCGGCCAGCGCGCAGCCGGCCAGCACGCAGCCGGCCAGCGCGCAGCCGGCCAGCACGCAGCCGGCCAGCGCGCAGCCGGCCAGCACGCAGCCGGCCAGCGCGCAGCCGGCCAGCACGCAGCCGGCCAGCGCGCAGCCUGCUAGAGCCUCUCCGCGAUCAGCUCCUCCGCCAUCAGUUUCUCCACGCCGUCAGCUUGCGUCGCCGACGCCGCCAGCAUCGCGCCUCCAUCGCCAAGCAGUUGAUAGCAAAGGAAAAACAAAGUGA